GAUAUUAAAGCAUCUGCUUCAGCUGGAGACACAUUUUCUUUUCAGGACUUGUGCACUGAUAAAAGAAUGACGCUCAGAGUCGUGCUAGCGUUGCUGCUGCCGCUCGCUGCUCGUCCGUCCCCGCUGCCCUUCGACUGCAGCGACGUCUACAGAGCCGGGUCGGGCCUGGACGGCGUUUACACCAUCUACCCUGCAGGCAGCACCUCACCUGUGCAGGUGUACUGCGACAUGAGCAAGGACGACGCUUCUGCAGAGAAGUGGACGGUCAUUCAGAGGAGACAGGACGGCACAGUGAACUUCUACAUGAAGUGGGAUCACUACAAGGCCGGAUUUGGCAGCGCUGCUGGAGAGUACUGGCUGGGCCUGGAGACGAUGCACCUGCUGACCAGAUCCAAGCCCUACGAGCUGCAGGUCGACAUGGAAGACUUUGAGGGUCAGAAAGUCUUUGCCCAGUACGCUUCCUUCUCGGUGGGUCCAGAGUGGGACGAAUACAAGCUACAUCUGGGGCCCUUCCUCAAGGGGGCAGCAGGAGACUCCCUGAGUUAUCACAACGGGUGUAAUUUCACCACCACCGACAAAGACCAAGACACGCAUAACUCCAACUGCGCCAGGCUGGCCUACGGAGCGUUCUGGUACGGGGCGUGCUUCCACUCCAACCCCAACGGCAUCUACACCUGGGGGCCUUCGCCGCACGCAGCCGGCGUGCAGUGGAAAACUUUCAAAGGCCUCGAAUACUCCGUAAAAACCAUGAUAAUGAAGAUUAGACCAGCUGCUCCUGUGAUAGGAUCCAGCGUGCUCCGCUGACAGAGUCUUGUGCUUAUUCGUAGUUGAUGGAAAUGUUCUCCGUUUGCUGGAUCGUAGUUUUAGGCAAAUGGAUGAGGUCGGGAUUAGAAACAAGGAAGUAGAGAGAACUUAAAAAACGUCUGUGAUAGACUUAAAACACCAUAAACCAUUAAAAAAA